AUGGUCCGUUCGAGUAAUGUCAGCGGUGGAGACGGUGGUGACGCCAACUCCAACAUAUUUAACCCGAAGAAGAAAUCAUUUGUAUCAACAACCAUUGCAUUAAUGAUCAGCUUCGCCACAUUUAACAUCCGUGGGCUCGGUGUUCAGCAAGAUGAUAGCCUACAUAGUAAACGUGAGUUACUAGGAUUAGACUGUGAAAAGUACAAUGUCGACAUCUGCGCUCUGCAGGAAACUAAAGUCACCGAAUCAGACAGCCUUGUUUUGCGCAACGGUUUUAACUUGUUUCUGUUCGAGCAGUUGGACAGUCGCCAUGGAGGCUUGGGUUUUAUAAUCAGUCCUCGCAUGAUGAACUAUGUGGUUUGCUGGAAGUACAUCAGUGACCGGGUAUGCUAUGUCGAUAUUUGCAUCCCCUCACGUAGCGGUACACCCCUACGUUGCAGGGUGAUCAAUGCCUACUGUCCACAUCAGGGGCUAGUCCGUAAAAAUCCAGUUGUUUUGGAUAACUUUUAUGGGCAGCUAAGAGAGGCCAAGAAUGUACCCUCUAAUGUGGAGUUGCAAUUUCUGGGUGACUUUAAUUCAAAACUGGGUAAAUUAUCCCCUUCUGAUAUUGAACAGGGUUUUGGUAGAUAUAUGGGGAAAUACGGAGUGGGAGUAAGGAACGAAAAUGGUUCUAGAUUACUGGAUUUUAUCUCAGAAAAUAAUCUGUUUGCUGUGAACACUAGUUUUAUACAACCUAGCAGACGUGUUACAUCAUUUACUGGUUGGCGGAAGGAUUGGUCGGCUGGUCGGUACAGUAAGAAGACACUGCCUGUAUACUCUCAAAUAGAUUACAUACUAUGCCGAAAUAGAUCUAAGUGUCUUUUGACUCAAUCAAGAACUUAUGCUGGUACUAAAACAUUUUCAGAUCAUAGACUUGUCAUUGCUCGCAUCAAUUUCAGCAACAUUCAUCUUUGUUUCAAACCUAAACAACGUCGUGUUCCUUCUUAUAAUAUAUCAGAACUUGUAAGCAACAAAGAUAUGCAACAUAAAUAUCACUUGGCCCUUGAAGGCAAGUUCUCAAAUUUUGUGACCAGCAACGAUCCAAAUGCCGACCUUCAAAAUCUUAUGUCUCAUAUUCGUGAUGCUGCCAAUGUUUCCAUCGGCCCCAAACCUAAAGCUCGCUUGAAACAUCACAGCAGUGAUGACACUCUCAAAGAGCUUGUUGAAAAGCGUCACGAUCUCCGACAGCUACUUAACAAUAAUCAAUCUCUUGAUCGAACUACAUUGAGGUCAUCCAUCAACCACCUCACUAAUAGUAUCCAGAAAAGAUUAGUUGAAGUGAGGUCUGCUCAAGCUGAUCAGACCUAUAGUGAUAUUACUAACACAAACGAUUCAAGGAAAAUGUUUGAAGCAGUAAGACAUCUUCAGAAAAGUAAACCACCUAAUAACUCGAUUGGUGUUCAUGAUGAAAAUGGCUGUUUGAUUGCAUCUGACGACAUGAAAGCUUCUGUUGUUAGAGACUAUCUCGAAAAACAGCUGACUCGCAAUGAGCAACCUCUCGAGCCUUUUGAGGGUCUACCACGUGCUCUCAAUGUCCCUUUUACUGGAGUUGAAAUACAUGCAGCCACCUCUAGCUUGAAAAAUGGGAGGGCAAAUGGUCCCGAUGGAAUACCCAACGAGCUAAUUAAGUACUCUAAUAGUACAGUCCAUGAACAUUAUGCUGGAAUCAUAAACAGUUGUUUCGAGACACAUACUUUCCCCAUUUCCAUUGGAGAGGCUACUAUAACACCCUUACAGAAGCCAAAAAAACCUAUUGGUCCUCUGAAGAAUUUACGUCCACUCACCUUGUCCAAUGCAGCCAGAAAAAUUCUGUCUAUGGCUACUCUUAAAAGGAUAGAAGAAAAAGUGAACGCUUUCACUGGUCCAUGGCAGUGUGCAUAUAAACGCGCUCGUUCUUGUGCUGAUAUUGUUUGGUGUCAGCGAGUUCUACUGUCAGUUGUCCAAAGGAAGAAAUGGGAGUAUCAUCGCAUGGGCAUUGAUAUGUCUAGUGCGUUUGACACGAUCAAACGCACUACGAUUCUUGAACUCCUGAAACUGUGUGGCUGUACUGAGGAUGAGCUGAGGAUUGUCCGGUUGUUGUUGUCCAACACAAAGCUACGGGUGAAGGUAAAUGGAGUUCUUUCAGCUGAGUUUUUAAGUCUCCUUGGAGCUUUCCAAGGUGACUGUCUAUCCGGCUGUCUGUUCACCCUUGUCUUGGCUGGUGCUUUGAAUGAACUUAGAUGGACUAUAACAAUCAGUUUAGAUAGGCCGAUCCCCCCGAUUACUAUUGCUGGCCUUCCACUUGACACUGAAUAUGCUGAUGAUGUUGACUUCAAUGAUGAAGAGGAAGACAACUUGAGAGCUAUUUUGCCCCAGGCAACAGCUAUACUCGAGAAAUGGAACCUCUUUGUCAAUGAAGACAAAACGGACUUCACUCAUGUUUAUUUAGCUAGUACGGGUGAAGUUGACAGUGAUGGAAAAUUAGUGUCGGGGAAUGAAGCAUGGAGGAAAAGUAUCACUCUAGGGUCCGUCUUGUGUAGCAAAGCUGAUAUUCAGCGUCGCAUAAACCUGGGAUAUGCUGCCUUUAACAAUUACAAGAAGGCCUGGAGUGAUAAACUGCCCCUAAAUAAACGUCUAAUACUGUAUAAUGCUUUAGUCGUAUCAGUUCUUAUGUACAACUCAUCCUGUUGGGCCGUCCCCAAAAUAUUCCUUGAAAAACUAGAUGUUGUUCACCGCAGACAUCUUCGCACUAUUUUGAAUAUAAAGUUUGACAGAAUGCAGCGACAGGAAGACGGGGACACGGGAGUGGGGAAAACAAUGUACCAUAAGGACAGAAUACUACAGCCGAGUUGA